AUGACGUCUCCUCAGGACUUCAAGUCCUUGCAGGACAAGGUUCAGUCUGCGCUCGUUGCCUCCACCAAAUCUGUCAACCGCAUCUCCGCCGAAGACCUCGCAUUCCAACGCGCCGUCAACCCCGGCGUUGGCGACGACCUCGAUGCCAAAACCGAGCGCCUCCUCGAGCUGUCGACAAGGCUCCUCAAGUCUGCUGCUGGCGUCUGCGGCCUGAACGCGCCCAAACUCGAAGAUGCCGACGAUAUCGACAUGCGCUGGAGGGGCAUUGUGGACGUGGUCGACUCAAUUCUCGAAAAGGCAGACACCUCGAUUGACGAAUACACCGGAGCUCUGAAGAGGAAGGAUGCGCCCACCGCAGAUUCCUCCCAAACGAAGAAGCCGAAAACCACCGGAACUGACAAGGUCAUCCGCAACGCCAACAUCACGAAGCCCCAGCUCAACUUCGACCCACCAGUCGACAACCAUUCUCCUUGGAAACCCCUCCUCACAAACAAGCCCCACGCGAAGGUGCCGCUUGAAGAAAGUCUGGUGCCGAGUGAAACAAAAACGGGCUUCGUCCUUUACAAACAUCCGUACGAGACCGAAAUCCUCGAGGCGAAGUACCCCGACCGAACCUAUCAGCAAGCCGAGCCGAUCCCUUGGCAGCCUGUUGAUAAAACCGAGGCCACAUGGGUCGACACAUACGAGGGCGUAUUGGAGAUGCUGAAGGAGCUCAAGAAGGCCAAGGAGAUUGCUGUUGACUUGGAACACCACGACUACAGAUCCUACAUCGGACUUACCUCGCUGAUGCAGAUCAGCACGCGCGACAAGGAUUGGAUUGUUGACACAUUGAAGCCUUGGAGACAGCAGCUCCAGGUCCUUAACGAAGUGUUUGCCGACCCCAACAUCAUCAAGGUAUUCCACGGCGCUUACAUGGACAUCGUGUGGCUCCAGCGUGAUCUUGGCUUAUACGUCAACGGCCUCUUCGACACUUUCUUUGCAUGCGAAGCUCUCCAGUACCCCCAGAAGGGCUUGGCUUUCCUUUUGAGCAAGUUUGUGAACUUCGACGCCGACAAGAGAUACCAGACGGCGGAUUGGCGCAUGCGACCCUUGACACCAGAAAUGCUCUAUUACGCGCGGUCCGACACGCACUACCUGCUCUACAUCUACGAUAAGGUCCGGAACGAGCUCGUGAUGAAGUCCGACCGAGGCAACCCGGGAACCGACUACAUCGAGACCGUCCUCCAGAAGUCGAAGAGCCAGUCUCUCAGCAGAUACGAGGGAGACUAUUUCGAUCCGGCUUCCGGCAAAGGUGGAAAGGGCUGGUAUGGUAACCUUCUGAAGCAUCCCUCGCCCUUCUCAGGCCAGCAAUUCGCCGUGUACAGGGCCAUCUGGGAAUGGAGAGAUGAAGUGGCGCGGAGGGAAGACGAGAGCACCGGCUACAUCCUGCCCAACGGCAUUAUCGGUGACAUCGCCAAGCGCAUGCCGCCUGAUGCGAAGGCGUUGCACGGGCUCAUUCCUCCUAACGCCUUCCUCGCCAGGAGAAAUGUCAAUGACAUCUGGGUGCGGUACCAGGAGGCAAGAGAGCGUGGAGUCAACGAGCCUAGCUUGUUUGAAUUCUUCCGCUCGGAUCUGCCGUCAGUCGCAGCCAAGCCGCUUGCCGAGAGCGUGGAAGACCAAGCCAGCGAUGCUGCCAUCGAAUCCGCACAACUGGAGCAAUCUCAGCUGUUUGGACGCAUGGCUCUCAGCUCUGCCUGGGAGACAGCUGCUUCGCCGGCUAAUGGGCUGGGAGGCUAUGUCGAGCUCCCGUGGCAGAGGUUUGUGCAAAACGUUGCCACAAAGGAGGCGGUCGCGGAGGAGGAUGUUGCAAUGGAGGGAGGCGUUGAGGACGAGGCCAAGGCAGCUGCUACACCUCAGCCUGAAGAGCCUGAAGUCGAGGAGGAAUUCACCCUCAAGGCUGGCGUGAAGCGCAAGGCCCCGGCUCCGGCCCAGGAAGGGUCUGACGCUAGUGAGGACGGAUCCGACUCGGACGACAGCUCAGUCGACAUCAUUCUGGAGAGUUCAGGCGCAACUUCAGGCGGAACACGCAUAAGACGACCCAAAAAGGAACGGAAGUAUACCGACGAAGAGUCACGCAAGGCGGCCGAAGAACUCCGGAAGCUCAGGACGGAGCAGAGAAGGGCAGACAAGGUCGCGCGCAUGCAGGAAGACUCGGACAGGUUUGAGGCAGAGGUUGAGCGCCUUAUCAGAGAUGUCGCCGAAGGACGCGCGUACACGGCUCAACUGGAAGAGGUGCGCGAAAUGGCCCAGGAGAAGAAGAAGAAGCUUAGCAAGUAUGUUUCGGCACUGCAGCAACGCAAGAACAAGGCCGAGCGCAAGGCGUUGAAGAAGUCCUUGAAGGAAGAGGGCAAGACGCCGGAGCCGCCGAAGGAGAAGCAGCUGUCCAAGAGGGCCCGCAAGAGAGCCGAGAGGAAAGCGAGCAAGCAGGCCGAGGCUGCCGGGGCUGCGGAGGAAGACGGCGACGAGGAGCCAGAGGAAGAGGCCUUUGACUACGGCAAGGCUGCCUCGGUGCUUCACGCCAAGCGGGAUGGCGGAGGUAAGAAGGCGCCGGUGAAGGCUGCCUUCGAUCCGUAUGCGAAGACGGGAGACGAUGCGCCCAAGGGUGCACGGAAGGCUCCUCCCCCUAGAGGCGAGAAGAGUGCCACUUUCAAGCGGUGA